AUGUCUUCUUUUUUCACUGUCCCUGCUUCCCAACGCAAGCGCAAGAGAGACGACCGCGCCGCGGCACCAGGAUCUAAGAAACGUGGUGUCGAUGCUCAGAACGAAGGCGCCGGAGGUCGACGAACCAGGGAAAGAGAGGAAUCAAUCUCUGGCAGUGAUCUGGAUGAAGACGACGAAGUUGCGUCCGCACAAUCGGGCGAAGACUCCGAUUCCGACUCGGACGAUGGCGAGACGGCCGCAGACCGACGAUUGAAACUCGCUGAACGCUACCUGGACAAUGUCCGGGACGAAGUUGACGAAGUUGGAUUCGACGCAGCGGAUAUCGAUCGAGAUCUGAUUGCGGAGAGGCUGAAGGAGGAUGUUGAUGAAUUCAAAGGCAGAGUGUUUCGCCUUCUUGGCUCAAAAUUAUCGUUUCCCACCGCUUCUCACUCUUUCUUCCGCUCCGACACACAGUCCACUACUUCUAUCGCCAUCCAUGCGCCGUAUGUCUACACCGUUAGCAAAGACAAGACUUUGAUCAAGUGGGAGUUGGCGACUCCAGCCGAACCGAAACCCGCUGACCCGAACUCGAAGCGGCCUCCUCGUCCCCAACGCAAGACUCCUAAGCGAGUCAGAUAUUUCCGUGGUACUCGCAAAAUUAAUGGCGAAGAGCAAGGACACACUGGAAAUAUCCUGUCUGUUGCGGUCUCCCCCUCUGGAAAGUUUGUUGCAACUGGUGGAAGUGAUAACAAGUUGGUAAUCUGGGAUGCCGAGACUCUCACACCAACCAAGACGUUCACACAGCACCGUGAUUCCGUCGCCUCUCUGGCUUUUGCCCGUCACAUUUCGACCAUGAGUUCCGGAGAACAAUUGUUCUCGGGCAGUUAUGACCGUACGAUAAAGACCUGGUCUAUUUCAUCGGCCGGUCAUGCGUACGUCGAGACACUGUUCGGACAUCAAGACCACGUCACUGGUGUUGCAGCUAUGACUAUUGAUCAAUGUGUAAGUGUUGGAGCUCGUGACCGAACGGCGCGUUUAUGGAAGGUCGUUGAUGAGACUCAACUUGUGUUCCGAGGCGGUGCCUCCAAGAACGCGCCUUACCGGGAGAGCAACAUCGACUGCAUUGCGCCGCUCCCGCCCUCUCACUUUGUGACUGGCUCUGAUUCCGGCUCUAUUUCGCUCUGGUCAAUGCACAAGAAGAAGCCUCUCUAUACGGUUGCUCUCGCACAUGGCGUAGACCCCAUUCCUCCUCUGGAUGAGCUAUCACCAGAGGCCGACCCAGAGGUUGCUGCCCACAACGCCCGGCACAUGCGGCCCACAGCUCGCUGGAUUACAGCGUUGACCACGCUUCCGGGUACCGACAUUGUCCUGAGUGGCAGUUGGGAUGGUUGGAUCCGCGCGUGGCGCAUCUCGGAUGACAAGAAGACCAUUAUUCCCCUGGGACCUAUUGGUGCUGGUCAACCGAUUGUCGACACCCCUUCACAACAGCUCAGCCGUUCUCUUGCGCAAGACGGCACCCCAAAUGGUGAUGACAUGGAAGUUGAGGCCACGCUAGCACCAAAAGCUGAUCCGCAGCCAUUGCUGAAGGGUGUCAUCAACGAUAUUGCUGUACUCGAGCGCCGUCCAGAGGGUGCAGCGUCAGGUCAGAAAUCUUCCAAAAAUCAGCCUCAAUCAGACCCCGAGGUUCGAGGUCUGUGCAUCGUGGCUGCAAUUGGCAAGGAGCACCGGUUGGGUCGGUGGAAGUGCUACGCCAACAACUAUCAUGAAGGAGAUGCUCCCCAAGGUCGCAACGGUGCCGUUGUAUUUGAGGUUCCUUUCGCCUCUAAGCAAGCCGUCGAGGCUGAUGUAUAA